AUGGCCACUAACUACAGUGCCAACCAGUACGAAAAAGCAUUCUCAGCCAAGUACCUGCAGAACUGGUGUCUUGCCAAGCCAACAAAGGAGAGCAUUCCUUCCCACGAAGGCUACACUCAGAUAAUCGCCAACGACCGUGGCCAUCUGCUGCCUUCAGUGCCCCGUUCCAAGGCAAGUCCUUGGGGUUCCUUCAUGGGCACCUGGCAGAUGCCUCUGAAGAUACCCCCUGCUCGGGUGACCCUGACGUCCCGCACAGCUGCUGGUGCUGCCUCCCUCACCAAGUGGAUCCAGAGAAAUCCUGACUUACUCAAGGCCUCCAAUGGGCUUCGUCCAGAAAUCUUGGGCAAGCCUCAGGAGCCAGCCAGUCAGAAGAAACCCCGGCACUCUGUCCAGCAAGCACCAAGUCCAACCAUCAUCCCAGGUUCCCCAGCCACGAACGUCAGCUCCCCAGACCAGCCCCGAAGCGCACACCCCUCCGCAGGCCACACCCCGGGCCCCCUCAGCCCUGCCGGCGCUCCCAAGUGCCCACCUGGAAGCCCAUGCACGUAG